AUGGCAAGCCGUCGGGGUUCUAGUAUUUCAGGCUCACCCAGCGCAUUUUCUGGCGGCUACAGCGAAGCCAUAAAGCGGCAGCUCGAAGGAGUCACCUUGCCCGAAAAAAUCAAAUGUAAGAUAUGCAAGAAAUAUCGUAACGCACAUGCGUACUCGAAAAGACAACUCGAUAUCUUCCGCAAUGCCCGAGUGGUUCAAGGACAGCGAGCCAACAAUGCCGGAUAUGCCGCCUGUCGCAACUGCACUGGAGGGCAAGUCAUGGAGCUGCGCUGCUGUAUUUGUGAUCAGAUAAAAGGUCUGGAUGAUUUUGCUAUCAAUCAACGCAAGGAGCACGAGCUUGCUCGUUGCAUCGACUGCGUCCAGGGCCACAAGGAGUCAGACCCGGUAGUAGAGGAUAAGAGGCUGCUAAUAGACACCGAGGGCACCGUGACUAUGAGUCACAUUGACAGCUCCCUCACUGGGUCAACCAGACGGUUGACCGACACUCCUGGAAACGGAUCAUCUUUCGCUGGGGCCACCGAAAAUAUUCCCUCAGGAGGAGGGGUGUGGAUUGAGCCGGAGCGUCACGAUACGCACAGCAGGAGCUCUUACGGUCAAGCCAACAACCUCACGGCCAUGGACGUAAAUUCGGUUCACAGCGGAUGGGCAUCGUUCGGAGUACAGAGAUCCAACGCUGCUGCCAGUGUGCGUGCCGAUGCUAGAAAGUUUGCAAAGGUCCCAGCGUGGCGCUCUGAAGCCACCGAAAACCCCCCUUCUCGUACCAGGGAGGUUAAUAAUCAUGUUGACUUUGAUGACAAUGACGAGGAUGAGGACAUCACUGGGUAUCUCUAG